AUGAGUUCUAUGGCGUGCAUUCAGUUGCAGAAAUUUGAAGAAAAAACAUGUCAUGAUGAUGAUCAUGAACAUCAUCCGAAUGAAAAAGUAUGUAACAAGAAGAAAGACAAGUGCUACCGAGGGGUGAGAAGACGACCGUGGGGGAAAUAUGCGGCGGAGAUAAGAGAUUCCACGAGGAACGGGGUAAGGGUCUGGUUGGGGACGUUCGACAGCGCGGAGGAUGCGGCGUUGGCUUAUGAUCAGGCUGCGUUCUCGACGAGGGGAGCAACGGCCGUGAUGAAUUUUCCGCUGGAGGAGGUGAGGGAGUCUCUCAGAGGGUUGGGGUACUGUAAAAUGGAGGAUGACGGGUCUCCGGUCAUUGGGCUUAAGAAGAGGUACUCGAUGAAGAGGAAGGCAGUGGGAGUUAGAAAAGGGAAGGGGAUUGAGAAGAGAGAAGUGAAAGUUGAUGUAGCGGAGUUGGAGGAUUCGGGUGCUGAGUAUCUGGAGGAGCUGUUGAGAGCUUCGGAGGUUACGGGACCCUGGUGACAUUGUUGUCUGCUCUGUCUUUUCCCCCCUUCUGUUUUUCUUUUUUCAUUUUUCUUUUCCUUUUUCUUUGUCUGUUUAUCUUCUUCUUUUAUCGUCUAGUUUUGUUUUGUGACCGCCUGAAAUUUAGCUUGCAAAUGCAAGUGGUUGGUUUAACUUUUUUUAUUCUCUUGAUGUAAAGCCACAAGGCUGUAAAGAAACACAGCAAUCUUUAUUAAGAGAAGGCCUAGACAAUUGGUCAA